AUGAAAUUAGAUAAACCGUUUGGUGGUAAAUUUAUUAUUUUUGGCGGAGAUUUUAGACAGAUUUUACCUGUUAUUAAACGUGGUGGAAGAUGCGACAUUGUUAACUCAACCUUAAAACGAUCGUAUUUAUGGUUGCAUAUAGUGCCAUUAAGGUUAGUUGGUGAAGGCUAUGAAACAUUUGAUGGCUCCAGGGAUAAAAUAAAAAUUCCUGAAGAUUGUUGUAUAGCUUCUAAUGAUGUCGAGGAUAUUAUUGCUUUUGUUUACAAUAUAGACAAAGACAAUACGUCCUUUAACCGUACAUCAUUUGAUCAAAAUGCAAUCCUGACCCCUAAGAACGUAGAUGUCGAUUCUAUAAAUAUUAAAUUGAUUAACAAAAUUCCGGGGGAUCUAAUUACAUACAUAAGUGCUGAUAAAACGAUAACCGAGGAUGAAGCGACGUUUUAUCCCACUGAAUUUUUAAACUCUUUAAGUAUAUCAGGAUUACCACCUCACAAACUUUUACUCAAAGUCGGGGUACCUAUAAUGUUAAUGCGUAACUUAAAUUCUGCUUCUGGUUUGAAUAAUGUGACUAAAUUGAUUAUAACUUCUUCGCUACCAAAUAUAAUUGAGGCGGAAUUUGUUUCUGGUAGUUUUCUCAGUACUAAAGUUCUCAUUCCUAGAAUAAGUUUAAUUCCUACAGAUUCUGGCUUGCCAUUUUCCUUUAAACGCCGCCAAUUUCCCGUGAGACCUGCCUUUGUCAUGACAAUUAAUAAAGCUCAGGGACAAACGUUGAACAAAGUUGGCAUCUAUUUACCUCAUCCUGUUUUUUCACAUGGACAGCUAUAUGUGACUAUGUCUCGAGUUUGUUCUCCUCAUAAAUUAAAGAUUAUAACCAAUGAUAAAACAAGAACUACAACCAAUGUGGUGUAUCGUGAGGUUAUAUCCGAUUAA